AUGAGGAUGAUGCGACAAAAAGAAGAAGAGAGAGAAGAAGAAGAAGACCACCAAGAGGACGAAAAGAAGACGACGAAGAAGAACGAGCAGCAGCGAGAAGAAAUGUAUUAUGAGGAGAAGAAGUUGUUGUUACGCUACACUCGCGAAGACGUUUCCAAAUCGUCCUUUUUUCUGAUUAUCGUCGAUGGGCUCGUGUUGAACGUGGAACACUUUUCGCAUCCGGGAGGGAACAAAGCGUUGGAACAAUAUAAAGGGAAAGACGCGACAAACGCGUUUCGCAAAGAAGUAGCACACGGACAGAACGCGGAGAAAAUGCUGAAUAAGCUCAUCGUUGGGAAGAUUGUGGGUGAUGAUGAUGAUGAUGCUCUUCUUCUUAAAACGACUCUUCGUACGACGCCGCUUCCGUCACCGAAAACGCGGAUGGAGAAUACCAGAAGAAAUUUUAGAAGGAAAGGACGAAGAAUAAAGGGCGAUGAAGACAUCGUUUCGAAUAAUGAGAAUACUAAUUGGUCAUCCUCGUGCGACUCGUACAAUCAUCAUCAUCAUUACGAGCGGCGAAACCGGAGCGUUUCGGCGAGCAGCGAAGAGGGCACGUCCUCUUCUUCGUCGAUGUUACAUUUAGGAGAAGGAGGGGAGAACGUGAGGGGAAGCUCGUCGGAAGAUUUAUGUUUAGAACGGUUGAGUGAUGGCGACGGGUCAGAAAUAGGCGUGGUUGGAGGAGGAUUGAACGCGUGCGCGUCGUUCGAGGACGUUAAUACCGCUGUUUAUAAUUCCGCGGGGGCUGCUCGCCCAAGCGUCGUCGUCGUCGUAAGCGACGAUGACGACGAAGACAAAGAAGACAAAAAAAACGGAGUCGACGAAUAUGGGAUUAAUUUCAACAAGCCUUUGUUACAACAGGUGCCUUUCCUGAAAGAAAAGUAUUUCGAGUGGACGCACAUCCCCGAACCGUCCAGAGCGGACGGGACGCAGCAGAGAUUUUUCGAGGCAGAUUGGAUGGAGGCGUUAUCGGUCACGGCGUGGUACGUCGUGCUUUUGAUUUGGCUGCCGGUGAUUGUUUGGAAUGUCAUCAAGGGUGCGGAACAAAGCUCGGAAAGAGCGUUUUCGUGCGUCUCGCAACUCGCGGCGUUUGGUUUCGGCCUCUUCGCCUGGGGGUUCAAAGAGUACGCAAUGCACAGGUUCUUGUUCCACAAAGAGCCUCCAGCGAAUUCGCCCUUCUUCAUCACCUUCCACUUCUUAUUCCACGGCUGUCAUCACAAACAUCCCAUGGAUGCGUUGCGUUUAGUCUUCCCUCCCGUUUUAGCCGGACCCAUCGCGUUUGGGUUUUAUAGUUUCUACAGUCUCCUCUGCGGAUCGGCGUUGGCAAAACUUGUCAUCGCGGGAAGUUUAACCGGGUACGUCGCGUACGACAUGACGCAUUACGCGUGCCACCACUUAGCAUCAGCAGCAUCAGCAUCAGCAUCAGCAACAACAACAAACAUCAACAAUAAUGAAAACAUAUUCACCCGAUACGCUCGAAGAGUCAAACGGAGACACAUGACGCACCAUUACGAGUCUCCGGAUUUGAUUUUCGGCAUAUCGCAGAGCACAUGGGACGUCGUCUUUGGCACUUCCUCCUCCUCCUCUUCCUCCGCCGCCGAGGCGGUCGCGAAUAAUGAUAUGAUGAAUAGACUUAACAAGAAAGACCGAUGA